CAGGAGGAGUUCUGGAGCCUAGGAAGCACAGGGUGCAGAGAACUACCUGGUGACCUGGUGAGAAGAGCCAGCCAGAUGGAAGCCAGACCUCCAAAAGGCCCAGGCAAACAAUUUACAUUUGAUUAUGAAAAUGAAGUCCAUAAACGAGAUUACUUCAUUAAGUCGCCGCCCCCUCAGCUCUUCUUCUCUGGGACCUCCUGGAAAAAGCGUCUUUUUAUUCUGUCCCAGAGACGGGGAAGGGGACUCACUCUUUCCUAUUACAAAGACCAUCAACACAGAGGCUCCAUCGAAAUUGAUGGCAGCUCCACUGUAGAAGUUGGUAUAAACUGCCAGGAAAAGAUGCAAUCUGUGCAGAAGAUGUUCAAGUGCCACCCGGAUGAGGUGAUGUCCAUCAGAACUGCAAACAGAGAUUACUUCCUUAUUGGCCAUGACAGGGAGAAGAUUAAAGACUGGGUCUCCUUCAUGACACCAUACUGCCAGGGUGUAAAAGCAAACCAUCAGAGAGCAGAGGAGAAGCCUUCCCUGGGUGACAGAAGGCCAGUUUCCGACCCCAGUCCUUUCUUGGGCCUCUGCAGCAUACCCGAGAGUAUCAGACUUGCAUCACCGAGGGCCAGUCUUCCAGAGCAUUUAAUACAAAAAAGCCUCCAAAGAUUCAGGCAAGCUCAUCUUCAUCAGGAUCACGAGUUCCACUCAGAGCCCACCCAAGAUACAGAAGAAGAGUAUUAUCUCACUCCUCGAAGUGUAGAAGCCUGUUUAGAAUUAGAGACUAUUGCUGGAUCCAAUGAUUCUGGUGACUCCAUUGAAUCCAAUAGUCCGGACCAAGGUUUCAAGAGAGCGGAGAGCAAUUACGUGUCAAUGAGAUCAUUGAGAGCCUGUCUCCUUAAAGAAUCAACCUCUGCAUCAGCCGACGACGACAGCCAAGCGGAGUUCCAGACCUCCCCCGAGACAGAGUCAGAGCUGGGGCCUCCCCACCAGGACAGCGGCACAGGAAGCGAUCCAUGUCUUUCACUUGCCGAUGCUGAAGCCCAGACCACAGAUGACCAAAAGGGGUCCGCCUCACUAACUGUUGUGAAAUUGUCUAUAUUACUCAACAACAUCCCCGAUGAGAGCCAAGUGGAGACUCUGAACGUGUUCCUCUCUCCUCGGGAUGCCAUCGACUACCUAGCUCUGGUAGAAGCAGCAGGACAGAUCUGUGUGGCUCGCUGGGAAGGCCCUCCCCGACUAGGAUGUUUAUUCUACCACGGAGAUCAUAUCUUGGCCGUGAAUGACCUGAAACCCCAAAGCCUGGAGGAGGUGUCCUUAUUUCUUACCCGAUGUAUCCAAAAGGAGAAAGUGAAACUCUCCAUUGGCCGGAUCCCAAACUCAGAGAAGCUCCAUGCUUCCCCCUGUGCAUGUUCCUUAAGACGCCAGUUGGCUGAGUCUGUCCAGCGGGAUUUGCCAGAACUGGAGAAGACACCAAAGAGGAGCCCUGCCAUCAAAAAGAGUCAGAAGGAAGCUGCUGGGGAGUAGGCUGCCGCAGGCCCAGGACACAGAAGGAUGGAACCUGGGCCACACACAGCCGUGUGACUGGAGACAAGACUGCAUCCGUCUCUGAGUCACUACUGACUUAACAGUGGGGUCACUGGCCCCACAUGGAAUAAUGACUAAGUUAUUAUUAAGUUAAAACAGAAGGGCUGAUUAUCUGAGAUUCUGCCCCAGACACGGCAGACAUCAUUCAGUAAAUCCCUGGUCUAAUUAAUAGCUGUGUGCUUCCGAGGUCACAGUCCACACAGCUGGCUCUUCAUUAGCCAUAUCAUUUCAGGGAUGCAAGAGAGUGAACGUCUGUAGCAGCCUUCCCCGACACUUCCUGUGGCUUCCCAGGAGUGGGAAGCUGAGAAAGUUUGGAGCUGUAUCCAGCCAAGAUGUGCUUGCUCUAAAAAUAAAUAGGAAACUAUGUUUGGAUGCUCUUAAUUGAUUGGUUUAUUGCCAAAUCAAUUCUGCAAAGCCAAAAGAAUCAAAGGCCUUUUAGUAAUCAGGAAUGAGAGGCAGUGAGCUGAACACUAGUCAGCUUGGGCACUGUCGGUGCGAAGGGGGAUUUAGAAAAUGCAUCUUAGCAGGCUGUCCUUUCAGGGGGAAGAAAUGAAGGCUUUGGAAGGCAGUGAUACUUGAUCUUCAUGACUCUUGAGUUCUGAGCGGUUGGGGGAGGGGGGAAGAACCACAAAUCUGAUAUCAGCUUUAGAAAGAAAAUUCCCUGGCCUUUGCCUUGUGUGUGGGUUUACAUUAGUAAAGACCUUGGACUCGCAGAGGAGACAUUCAGUACGUGUUCUGUUAUCUAGAUUAUUGCCAGUGUAAAAUGUGCAUGUGUACAUAAACCGUGGAAAUAAAUAAAUGUGCAUGUA